UGAAUAGCAAUCGUACCAGCCCACAGGCGCCUUAACAUCACAUUUCAGGCUAUUUCUUCAGAUUCCUCGCUCGUCGGAUACUACUCGUGCACUGCAAAUGCAAGCCAUUAAGUGUGUCGUUGUCGGCGACGGUGCCGUGGGUAAGACAUGCCUGCUCAUCAGCUACACCACUAAUGCCUUCCCAGGAGAGUAUAUUCCCACAGUAUUUGACAACUACUCUGCCAAUGUUAUGGUGGAUGGUAAACCUGUCAACUUAGGCCUCUGGGAUACAGCAGGACAAGAGGACUAUGAUCGCCUUAGACCACUCUCCUAUCCCCAAACGGAUGUGUUUUUAAUUUGCUUCUCACUGGUGAGCCCUGCUUCCUUUGAGAAUGUAAGAGCAAAGUGGUACCCAGAGGUUCGCCAUCACUGUCCAAACACCCCCAUCAUACUUGUGGGCACUAAACUUGAUCUGCGAGAUGACAAAGACACGAUUGAACGUCUGCGGGAUAAGAAACUAGCUCCCAUCACUUAUCCGCAAGGGCUUGCUAUGGCUAGAGAGAUUGGUGCUGUGAAGUAUCUGGAGUGCUCUGCUCUUACUCAACGGGGUUUAAAAACCGUGUUUGAUGAGGCCAUCCGCGCUGUUUUAUGUCCUCCACCUGUAAAGAAAAGGGGCAAGAAGUGUACUGUAUUUUGAGAAACUUCGCAACUCAUUUCUUCAUUGAUAUGCCAUGUAAACAGCAGGCUCUUGCUCUUCAGCUCUGCUGUUAGCAACAGAUAAAUCCAGCUUGUGAGGUGACAAACUGCAGAGAGAUGCAUUUCCAUGGUAUGUCUGGUAUAACAGAUAUAUUUGACCCUGGACCACAAAACCAGUCACAAAGGU